AUGGCAUUUCAAAAAGUCUUCCUCAUAACACUCUUCUUGUCUCUUCAAACACUCUUCAUUGCUUCUCAAAUCCUUCCUUCUUCAUCAAACUCUUCCUCAAGCAUCUGCAAAACGACGCCCGAUCCCAAAUUCUGCAAAUCAGUGUUCCCACAAACAUCUCAAGGCGAUGUUCGCGAAUACGGCCGCUUCUCCCUCCGCAAAUCGCUAACGCAAUCGCGGAAAUUCACACGCACGAUUGACAAAUACCUCAGAAAAAACAAUGCCGUAUUAUCACAGUCCGCCGUUGGAGCCCUCCAAGACUGCCGUUACUUAGCAAGCCUCACAACAGACUAUCUCAUAACGUCGUUCGAGACCGUUAACGUAACCGCGUCGUCGAAAACGCUGUCGUUCUCCAAAGCCGACGAAAUUCAAACGCUUCUCUCCGCGGCGCUGACCAACGAGCAAACGUGCCUCGAAGGAAUCAACACCGCUGCUGCUUCUUCGUGGACCAUACGGAACGGCGUCGCGUUGCCUCUUAUCAACGACACGAAGCUGUUUAGCGUUUCGCUCGCUCUGUUCACGAAAGGGUGGGUCCCAAAGAAGAAGAAACAGUACUCUUGGGCCCACGCGAAGAAUACUCACGCUAAGCCGUUCCGUCGUUUUCGUAACGGAGCUCUGCCGCUAAAGAUGACUGAACGGACACGCGCCGUUUACGAGUCUCUGAGCAGGAGGAAUCUCGCCGACGACAAUGACGAAGACUCCGUGCUUGUGAGUGACAUUGUGACGGUGAACCAAAACGGUACGGGGAAUUUCACGACCAUAACGGAAGCCGUUGCGGCGGCUCCGAACAAAACCGACGGUACCGCCGGUUAUUUCGUUAUCUACGUAACGUCAGGUGUUUACGACGAAAACGUAGUGAUUGCGAAAAGCAAAAGGUAUCUUAUGAUGAUCGGUGAUGGCAUCAACCGUACGGUUAUUACCGGUAACCGGAGCGUCGUGGAUGGUUGGACCACUUUCAACUCCGCCACUUUUGCUGUAACAUCACCGAACUUCGUUGCGGUGAACAUAACUUUCCGUAACACGGCGGGGCCAGAGAAGCACCAAGCCGUGGCGUUGAGGAGCAGCGCCGAUCUCUCAAUCUUCUACAGUUGCAGUUUCGAAGCUUAUCAAGACACUUUAUACACACAUUCACUAAGACAGUUCUACAGAGAAUGCGACAUUUAUGGGACCGUCGACUUCAUAUUCGGAAACGCAGCUGUUGUGUUACAAAACUGUAACUUGUACCCGAGACAAGCGUUGCCAAACCAGUUUAACGCUAUCACGGCUCAAGGUCGUACCGAUCCGAACCAGAACACAGGAACAUCGAUCCACAAUUGUACGAUUAGACCGGCGGAUGAUUUGGUUUCGAGCAAUUAUACGGUUAAAACGUAUUUGGGACGGCCGUGGAAGGAGUAUUCACGUACGGUUUUCAUGCAAUCGUACAUGGAUGGUUUUCUUGAACCGGUUGGUUGGAGAGAGUGGAAUGGAGAUUUCGCAUUGAGUACGUUGUACUAUGCUGAGUAUAACAAUACCGGAUCCGGUUCUAAUACCACUAACCGGGUGGUUUGGCCUGGUUAUCACCUGAUGAAUUCCACCGAUGCCAAUAACUUUACUGUUUCGAAUUUCUUAUUUGGAGAUGAGUGGAUGGUUCAGAGUGGUGUGCCUUUUAUGGCCGGUUUACUUUCGUAA